AUGUCCAGCAUGCUUAUCAGCGACUUGGGUGAAGACAUGGAAGCUGCAGAGCUGAGCAAAGUGGCUCAUGGAUGGGGUGACAGGAUCAGGCUUCAGACAGAUCUCAACAGCCUGAUAUUCUGGGCCAAAACCAACAAGAAGAAAUUCAUUGCAUUUUUUCACAUCUAGACCUCAAGAAACACUUAUUCAGAUGAAGAGGAAGAUGGCAACUGGGAUGCCUGGGGCAACUGGAGUGACUGCUCCCGGACCUGCGGGGGAGGAGCAUCCUAUUCUCUGCGGAGAUGCUUGGCUGGGAGGAAUUGCGAAGGGCAGAGUAUUCGAUAUAAGACAUGCAGCAAUCAUGACUGCCCUCCGGACGCGGAAGACUUCAGAGCCCAGCAGUGCUCAGCCUACAAUGAUGUCCAGUAUCAGGGACAUUAUUAUGAAUGGCUUCCACAGUAUAACGAUUCUGCUUCACCCUGCGCACUCAAGUGUCACGCGCGGGGACAAAACUUGGUAGUGGAGCUGGCACCCAAGGUGCUGGAUGGAACUCGUUGCAAUGCUGACUCCCUAGACAUGUGUAUCAGUGGCAUCUGCCAGGCCGUGGGCUGCGAUCGGCAACUGGGAAGCACCGCUAAGGUGGACAGCUGUGGAAUCUGUGCUGGCAAUGGCUCCACCUGCAGGCUCGUACGGGGACAUUCGAAGUCAAACGUUUCUCCCGAAAAAAAGUCUGAACUGUUCAACAUCCUGCAGCUUGAACGGGGUGGUAGGUGGGUCAGGAUUUCUGUUGGUCCUUUAUACUUAAUUAUUGAAUCAAAAACACUUCAAGGAACCAAAGGAGAACACAGCUUUAACAGCUCUGGAGUCUUUGUUGUAGAAAACACAACAGUUGAAUUUCAGAGGGUCUCAGACAGGAAAACCUUUAAGAUUCCAGGACCUCUGAUGGCUGAUUUCAUCUUCAAGUUAGGAGGGGACUUGGGAAGCACAGGAGAGGAGUUGGAAGGCGGUUAUCAGCUCAAUUCUGCUGAAUGUGUGGAUAUCCGCUUGAAGAGGGUUGUUCCUGACCAUUACUGCCAUUACUAUCCUGAAAAUGUAAAACCCAAACCAAAACUGAAGGAAUGCAGCAUGGAUCCUUGCCCAUCGAGUGAUGGAUUUAAAGAGAUUAUGCCCUAUGACCACUUCCAACCUCUUCCUCGCUGGGAACAUAAUCCUUGGACGUCUUGUUCGGUGUCCUGUGGAGGAGGGAUUCAGAAACGGACCUUUGUGUGUGUGGAGGAAUCCAUGCAUGGAGAGAUACUACAAGUGGAAGAAUGGAAGUGCAUGUAUGCGCCCAAACCCAAGGUUAUGCAAACUUGCAAUCUGUUCGAUUGCCCCAAGUGGAUCGCCAUGGAGUGGUCUCAGUGCACAGUGACUUGUGGCCGAGGGUUACGUUACCGGGUUGUUCUGUGUAUCAACCAUCGUGGCGAGCACGUUGGGGGUUGCAACCCACAACUGAAGUUACACAUCAAAGAGGAAUGUGUCGUUCCCAUCCCAUGUCAUAAACCAAAAGGUAAAUUGGUCCUUUACAACCUCAUUGCCCUUUUCAGAACACACUGUCAUUUGUCAGUGUCCCUUUCAGCUGUGGUGCAGCCCAGCGAGUCCUGGGGGAGUGUGGAUUACUUCUCUUUGAGAAGGCGCAAUGCCUCUAGUGCCACGGGCCAAGCGAACCGGCACGUUCCACGUAGGACACGCAUAGCCUUUUCCACAUGGACUACUGUCAGGCCUGGUUGUGGCCGCAGAAGACACUGUGGACUCUGUGAGGGUGAAUGA